AUGGCCGGUGGACGCCUGGUCGUCCACCGAGCUGCUCAACGAGUUUGCCCGCUUCUGGGCCAUGAGGACGUUCGCGCCGUCCGGGGAAACCCGCCUGGAAGCGCUGAACGAGGACGGGGAGAAGAUUGUGCCUUGGGCGACGGCACGCGGCCACUGGCCGAUUUUGGACUUUUUAGUCGCUAUUUGAGCCGCCGAGCUCGCAAAUCCUUUUACCUACCUAUCCCUUAUCUAUAUCUGUUACUUUUUGUUUUGUGCUGCCUUGCUGUGUGCUUGGACAUGGAUGGCUUUGUGCUUGCACUUGGACGAUACCCUCUAAGAUCUCCAAUUACCCCAAACGGCAUAGUGUCUCUGCUAAUCUCUGGGCAAAAACAGGACCUCACGGCCGACCGCUCGCUCCUCCACCGCCACACCACCAUCGCCAUCCACGCCCCCGACACCAAAAUGAUGCCCUCGACCCCUUUCUUGCCACCUAACGAGGCGGGCGACGAGAAAGCUCACUUCCACCGCCUCAUGCUCCUCGUCCACUCCCCUCUCUGGCUCUCCACUGUCGCCGUGGUUGUCCUCACCUCCUCCCUGACGACAUGGACAACAAACGCCCACUACCUCACCUUCUCCCUCCUCGUCGCCUCGCCCCCUUUUCUCCUACCCCUCUUCUUCCCCUUUCGCCCCGGGCCCGCUGCCAUCGACAAUGCCCCCUCCAGCGGACCGUCUUCUCACCAUUACACCUCAUCCUACGCCCUCAAAUUCAACGUGUAUAUCGCCCUGCUCGUCUUCUUCGGCACCUAUUUUGGCACAGCCUACUUCUUCCAACUAAUGUCCAUGAGAUACACCUUCCCGGGCUUCCUCCCAACCUUUGACAGCGACGUCCUCCGCCGCGAGGUCACGCACACCGUUCCCGCAUUCCUCUACCCCCUAACACACGCCUACUUCAUCAGUUAUUACUCCUUGUUGUUGGUUUUGUACGAGUACAUCUCCCCAAGAAGACCCCUCGCAAGGCUGGGGACAGUCCUCGCCCUAAGUUACAUGCUGGCGUUUGCGGAGACGUGGUUCAUGGCUUCGGAUUUGAUGACGGAGUGGUUCACCUAUGGUGAUCGAUCCAAAAUGUUGAAGGUGGGAUCGUGGGGGUACGCGAGUUACUUCCUUGCUGGAUUGCCAAUGUUACGGAGGUUGGAUCCGAGGUGGGGAUGGGAAAGGGUUGUCAUUGAGGCGGGGGCGUGCUGUUAUGGGGUUAUGGUACUGCUGGAGAUCUGGGGGAAGGUGACGGGGGGGGUUUGA